CCCGCACACACACACACACCCGCACACACACACACACUCAGAGUGUUCCACACAGGACAAUGUGCAACAUCUCGUUCUGUGAUGUGGACAGUAAGGUGGACCAGUUCUUCCAGCCCACGCUCUACAUCAUAGUCAUCGUUCUUGGGCUGCCUACUAACUGCAUGGCCCUGUGGGCUGCCUACAUGCAGGUACGCCAACGCAACGAGCUCGGCAUCUACCUGAUCAACCUGUCGGUGGCUGACCUUCUCUACAUCACCACUCUUCCCCUGUGGAUCGAUUACUUCCUGCAGCACGAUGACUGGAUCCACGGUCAGGAGAGCUGCAAGCUGUUCGGCUUCAUCUUCUACACCAAUAUCUACGUCAGCAUCGCCUUCCUCUGCUGCAUAUCGCUGGACAGGUACCUGGCUGUGGCAUAUCCUCUGCGCUUCGCCAAGGUUCGACGAAUCAAAACAGCCAUCCUGGUCAGCGCCAUGGUGUGGAUCAUUGAGAUCAUAGCCAACUCUGCACCUCUCUUCCACGAUGAGCUCUUCCAGGAUCGCUUCAACCACACCUUCUGCUUUGAGAAGUAUCCCAUGCAGGACUGGGUGGCAGGGAUGAACCUCUACAGGACAUUUCUGGGCUUCCUUGCUCCCUGGACAGCCAUGCUGGUCGCCUACCGGGGGAUCCUGGCAGCAGUUCGCUGCAACGUCUCGACAGAACGUCAGGAAAAGGCCAAAAUUCAGCGGUUGGCUUUGAGUUUGAUUCUGAUCGUUUUGCUCUGCUUCGGACCGUACCACGUCCUCCUCCUGGUGCGGAGCAUCAUGUUUCUAAGGAAACCAUGUGACUGUGGCUCAGAGGAGAGCUUGUUUGCAGCGUACCAUGUAUCGCUGGCUUUGACCAGCCUCAACUGUGUCGCCGACCCCAUUUUGUACUGUUUCGUCAACGAGGGGGCGAGGAACGAUGUUGGCCGAGCCCUCUCAGCGUUACUGUCUGCGGCCUGCCACAAGGGCUCCUCUUCCUCACCAUCGCAUGCUGACAUACUGAACGCUGGCUCAGUCACCAUGGAAACGCCACUAUCGGCAAAGAAGCAGCCUUGUGUGUACGCUGACGGAGGCAAGACAAGCAGCUACAAGACAGAACUGGUGGCUCUGAAGGAAGAGUGUCUACAGAUGACCAUCCUCAGUGUUAGGAAGUGACUUCUACCUGGUGUUCAGGUUGGUGGGAGGAGGAAGCUCCUGACACGUCUGAUUCCUUCUGGCCUGACGGGCUGAAAUCGGAUGCACUCGUGGCUGCGGUAAAAGCUUCCACUCAGUGGCACUUCAAUAAGCCAGAAUGGGAAAGACAUUGAUGAAGUAGACAAGACAUACAGUCUGUAGCCAUGGUAGCAGCCCCUGAGGGGUUAAAAUGCUCACACAAAGUAUGUGGAGUGGUCAUGUGCACAUCCAUCGAACCUCAGUGGGAGAGGUGCUGGAUACAGAGAAAUCUGUGGAGUACCCGCACAGUAGAAAUGUUUCCACACCACAAAACAAAAAUGGAGGAACUACUUUGCUAAAUCUUUACCACUAGAGGGCCACCACCUGAGGGCGGCAGCUGAAGACAGCUAAUGUUGAAAAUCAGUAGGGUUUAUCUUUUGUGGCCAUUUUAAGAUAUGAUGUGAUUCAACUUUCAUCACUUCAGACUGUAGUGUGUCAGCUUCUGCACAGCUGUACUGCAUGCUAAUGUUAUCAUAUCAACAUGCUAAGUCAUCAUUAAUCCCAGAGUGCAGCCAAGGCUGAGACAUUAGCUCCUGAGGUAUCCUCAUGCAGUGUUGGGCCGCAAGAAAUUUUGGUCUGCCAGUGGUGCUAUAUGAAAAGUCAGGGGCUCACUCAAAGUUCUUAGGAUUCGGCCUCUGUGGACCCUGAAUGUCCGUACCAAAUUUCAUGCCAACCAUUCCAGAUGUUUAGCCACUUCAGUCUGGACAAAGUGUUGGAGCACCAGAACGACGGACCAGCUGACAGCCCUAAAG